UUUGAAUAAAAGUGAAGUAGUCCUGGUAGGAGAUGUUGGGGGAUUGGAGGAGUUGGCUGAUAUUCUCAGUUGUAAAAUUGGGAGGUUGCCAAUGAAUUAUUUAGGUAUGCCUUUAGGCUCUUCUUUUUCAAGGCUGCAGUAGUGUGGAGCCCCAUUGUAGAGAAAAUGGAGUGAAGAUUAGCAGCGUAGAAGAAGCUAUAUAUAUCCAAAGAGGGGAGAUUAAUGUUAAUUAGUGAGUGGUGAGGAGGACGUGGAGAUGGAGAAAGAGGAGGGAGAGAUGCAGAAGAAGGAUGGGCCUUGGGAGAGGUUUCUGUGGAGGAUCGCACAUAGGGUUCUGCUCAUCAAAGCUGAUGAUUCCACUCGACAGAUUAUCCCUGCACUUCUCUGGAAAUGCAGCUACGAAGUUGAAGCAGUUUCUGAUGCAUUAAAGGCAUGGGAGACAUUGAAGGGGAGACCUCAUAACAUUGAUCUUGAAUUGACUGAAGUGGAGCUUCCAUCAAUAUUCGGACUUGCACUUCUUACUUUAGUCAUGGAACAUGUAUGGAGAAGGCAAACUAAAUUAAUUGCUCCACAUCAAAAAGUUGAAGACACGUCUCAAAAUAAUGCGGCAAGAAAUCAUUCAAAUUAUUGAGUAGCUUCUAUGCAGAAAAAUAUCAAAUGCAGUGAGAAAGGGAGUCAUGCUCAAAUGAUGGCUGGAGUUGAGGCUCGCUUGUCUUAGAGCAGUUGAAUUUCCCAAGAAAAUUCAGCUAAGUGAAGUCAUUUUAGAGGGGGAUGCAGAAGUCAUAAUUCAGCAGCUACAGAGUAAUACUACUGGUGUCUCUUCAUAUGGUCAUGUGAUUUGAGGAUAUUCUGAUGAUGGCAGUGGAACUACAUUACUUCUCGAGCUAUGAUAGGGCCACAUAAAGUGGCACAACUUAUGUCACAACUCGCUCACGUGGCGAGUUGUGAGUGGUAGAGAGGUGAUGGUGGGUCCAUGUGGGUUCUCCUCCCUACCACUCACAACUUGCUACGUAGGCAAGUUUUGUGACACUUUGGGUCUGUUUGGAUAGAACUUAUUUUACUGAAACUGAAACCACUGUAGCAAAAUAAUUUUUAAAUGUGUAAA